UGGUCCGUAGCAUUCCUGCUUUGGCGACAGUGCCCUCUCGAUCACAAGCCUGCGACUUACCAGAAUAGCAGGCCGAGAACAGACCGCCACGCCAUCCCACCGAAUUCCCCGACAACCAUUGAUUGUCAACACAGGCGGACGGACCGACGGACGGUAGUCCCCCUUCCUUCAACCAGUGAAGAAAUAAAUCAAAACACAAUGCCCCCCUUGCGGCCCUGGGGUCCCAUUUUCGAAGAGAUUACUCUUCCGCAGAAUAGAAUGUCAUCGACAGUCUUCUCGAUGCUGCCAACGUCGCUUCAGUCCCGGCUGCCGCCGCUGCGGUCUAUCCGCAAGAGUGCAAGCAUGCAGACCCUCACCUCAAGCAGGCAAUCGCACAGCCGCUCUCUUUCAGGACUUGACGACGGCGUGCACCGGAACAUCACGCAAGCGCGCCUCAUUUCCGAGAGCACGGAGGAGCAGCACAUGAGCUUGGUGGCCACCGAACACCACCAGUCAUCGCGGACGUACGAGGUACGAUCUGCAGCCGAGAAGCUCGAGCAGCAGCGGCAACAAGCGGAACAGUUCUAUCAACAACAGCAGGCAUCGAGCCAAUGUUCAAACGUGGAUUGGCGCUUCGCCCAGCAAGGACUUGCUUUGAUUGCCGUCGCCCAAGAUGAGUUGAGGCAUCCGUCAAGGCGGCCGGCGGUCGACUUCGAGAGGAAAGCGUUCCUCGACGGCGUCGAGUAUAUUCUCAAAGCCCUCCCCAGCGACCUAAACGAACACGAGCUUGACCGACUCCGCACGUCAACACCCUCCAACUUCAUUCCCCCGCCAAGUCCCGGUGGUCGGGCCUAUUCACCCUCACGGGGCGCGAACAAUGGCAGGUCAAUUCUUCACCGGGGCGUACAAAUUGCUGUUGUCAACAUCUUCGUCCUGAUCCAUCUGGCGCUGCCAUACAUCAUCCUUCUGCUGCGGUUAGCGGCCCGCACUGAGAGGGAGUACCGGAUAUCGGAGAACCUCGUAGGUGCGGGCAUGGGCCUCGCCAACGCGAUCGGUAGUAAGGGAAUGCGCAUAACCGGGGCGCUGUGCAACGUGGGCGAUGGCAGGCUCGGGCAUGCUCUUACGGAGGCCAUCGCCUGGACUGUCGAGGGCCUCACGGGCGGCCUGUCCGACGGUGUCGGCGAGGGCUUGUCCAUCGUGGCGCCCAAACGACAAUGA